ACAUAUUUCUUGUGUCAUUCAUUUAUACCACAGUAUAUUCCAUAUUUAAAACCAUAAACCCACCAUCUAUUUGGAAAUUAACCAUCAUUCAUACAAAUGAUGUUCAUUCUCGAUAUGAUCAAAUUAAUGAAGCAGCCACGGAUUGUUCUCCAGAACAGUUUGAAAAAAAACAAUGUUAUGGUGGAAUUGCUCGACAUAAAACUGUGAUUGAUAAGUUGAGAAGAGAGAAUAAGAAUUCUUUGCUUUUAGAUGGUGGUGAUCAGUUUCAAGGAACUUUAUUUUUUACUUAUUAUAACGGAACGAUUAAUUCAGAAGUUAUGAAUUUACUUGAAUACAAUAUCACGGCAAUAGGAAAUCAUGAAUUUGACAAAGGCCCAAAAACACUUGCC